CUUGAUCGACUGCGCUCUCAGCACUUCGCACUUCGCAUUGUCGAACAUCGGAUUCGUCGAAUCCUGCGAUUCGAACGGAGUCGGUCUCGUGGAACCGAUAGUCAUGCUUCACAUGAAAGCCCGUCAUUUUCGCGCAUUUCUCUUACGGUAGUCAAUAUAAGGAGAUCGUAUCUCCGACUUCGAUAAGGGUCGAUUUCGCGGUCUGCGAUCUCUAGAGCCUCACCAGCAUCGCUGCCUGAGAGGUCCAUCGACACCCUGAUAUCGGGUGCACCUUCAGAAAACAGAUCAUUUCGACAAUCAGAGUUCUUUUCAAACGCAAUAUUUCAAUUCAAGGAAUCAGAUAUUGAUUUGUUGCCAAGAGUUCACCUCGUGCACAUUCUGUGCUUGACAUUCGUCAGGUUUUUGUGAAAGCUACAUACUUUUCGCUACUUGAGAGCGGUUGACUGUAUAUUUCGAAUCAUGAGGGCCGUAGUGGCCUGGACCGAUCAUGUGGUACAUGACAAACGACAUUCAUGCUGCAUGAUGCUCGGUCUUUGAAGUUUUUCCUCUCUACAUAGAACACGAGUUUCGAUUGAUUAUUAGAUAUGCACAUCACAGCCAGCCGUGAGGUAGCUCGUAAUGUCCGAUCUUAUGCUUGGAUUUGCUGCCGGAAAAAUAUGCGUAAGCUCGCAAGGAUGCUUUCUGGAUGUUAGUACACUGGAGAAAGGCUGGCCUCUGUUAUGUAGGCCCGUUUUAAGUACAGUUCUCCCCAGCAAAAUUGAUUGAAGAUUUUAGUACAUUUUAUUGAUUGUUCAAAGUAAACAGAUGUUAUUGAUAAUGGUACUCUUCUUGAGCGUUCGCCACUUGCCCCUUUAGUUCUUACGUCAUAAUUUCAGGCGAUCUCCUCUAAAACUUGAGACUCCUGCUCAAAAAAUCCAGGCCUGAGGCCUCCAAGACUCAAGGCUUGUUAGAUAAGCCGUUGACGGUUAACGGCGUCACACGCACUGGUGGGAGUGUUAGUCUAUUUCUUCCAAGAAUUGUCAUAUGACCUGAUUCAAGUUUUCUGAUCCUAUUUCUGAUUUCAUCUAUCAGCCAGAACACGACGGGAUCAAGAGCAUAUGUCACGCCUUAGCAUUCAGACCAGAUGGAACCCAACUUAUCGCAGCAGUUGGAAGUCGCGUGCUUAUGUAUGACGCAGCAGAUGGCGAUCUUUUGCAUUCUCUUAAAGGUCACAAAGACGCCGUGUAUUGUGUUGUUUAUUCCCGAGAUGGUAAACGAUUUGCUUCUGGAGGAGCUGACAGAACGAUCAUAAUUUGGACCCACAAGGCUGAGGGAAUCCUGAAAUAUAGUCAUGGAGAUUCAGUUCAGUGCUUAUCUUACAAUCCUGUUACACAACAGUUGGCAAGCGGCAGUGCAAGUGACUUCGGCAUAUGGUCACCAGAACAGAAAUCAGUUGCCAAGCACCGAGUGUCAUCGAAGGUGCUUUGUUGUGCAUGGACUGGCGAUGGGCAACAUCUUGCUCUGGGCAUGUAUAGUGGCCAGAUUUCCAUCUGCAAUAAGAGCGGUGUGGAGCAGUGUGCUGUAGAGCGUUCUGCUCCUGUUUGGACUCUGCAGUGGAACAUUACGCAAAAUAAGAGUUCCGGUUACCUGGCAGUUGGUUGCUGGGACGGGACCCUGUCAUUCUACGAUAUAUCAGGCAAGCAGAUCGGAAAGGAUAAAGACGUGGGAUUUGAUCCCUGCUGUCUUUCGUACCAUGAUGGAAAGUACGUAUGUGUUGGUGGAUCAGACAGAAAGGUUCUUCUCUAUUCAAAGGAAGGCGUUGAACUCACAACGAUCUGCGAGACCGCAGACUGGGUUUGGAGUGUCUGUUCUCGCCCCAAACAUGACUUCAUCGCAGUUGGGUGUAAUGAUGGGAGUAUCUCGAUGCUUCAAAUUCUUUUCUCCACGGUUCAUGGGCUUUACCAAGAGCGCUAUGCGUUUCGUGAUGCGAUGACAGAUGUUGUCAUACAGCACUUGAUAUCUGAUGAGAAGAUCCGUAUCAAGUGCUGGGACUACAUCAAGAAAAUUGCAGUUUAUCAGGAGCGUGUAGCAGUACAGCUUAGCAACCGUAUCAUUGUGUAUGAGCUAAGCAAAGAAAAGUCUCCAAAGUCUCAAUAUUGGUUGUGUGCCAAGAUCAACCAAGUUCUUGAGUGCAAUCUUUUGGUUCUUACAUCAAAUCAUAUCACAUUGUGCCAGGAGACAAAGUUGCAGCUUUAUACAUUGGAGGGAGUCAAAGAACGUGAGUGGCUUUUGGAAUCAACUAUCCGCUACAUUAAGGUAUGUGGAGGACCAAGUGGAGGUGAAGGUCUGUUAGUGGGGAUGAAAAAUGGUUUGAUAGUCAAGAUAUGGAUUAAUAGCAACUUUCCUGUUCGCCUUUACAAACACACAAGUGGCAUACGAUGCCUAGAUCUUUCCGCCAAGCGUACCUGUCUUGCUAUCGUGGAUGAGAGUGCAAGUGUCAUUGUUUACGAUCUUCAGACAAAAGAGGUGACUUUUGAUGAGAAGUUUGCAAGUUCUGUUGCUUGGAACACGGAAAUGGAGGCUAUGCUGUGCUACUCUGGAAGUGGGAAGUUGAACAUAAAAACUGCAGAUUUUCCCGUUCACAGACAAAAGUUACAGGGAUAUGUGGUCGGGUUCCAAGGAUCAAAAAUAUUUUGCCUUCAUCAUCUUGCAAUGCAGACAAUCGAAGUUCCUCAGUCCACAAGCAUGCGUCACUAUGUUCAGAAAAAACAAUACGAAGACGCCUACCGGGUGGCUUGUUUAGGUGUGACGGAGUUAGACUGGCGCAUGCUCGCCACGAAAGCUUUAAUUGGGCAAGCUUGGGAAGUCGCACGGGCAGGAUUCAUCCGUAUUCGGGACGUUCGUUUCUUGGAGCUCAUUCAUAAGCUUCAGAAACUGAAUCAGUCUCAGAUGCCGUGUCUUGACGCGAUUGUUCUUGCGUAUCAGGGUAAAUAUGACGAGGCAGCUAAAGCCUACGUGGAAGCUGGUCAGGUCGAAAGAGCCAUGGAGAUGUACUCAGAUCUGAGAAUGUUCGACAAGGCUAAGGCUCUUGCUGAAGAUAACGAACACAUUUCUGAAGUUGUAGGUAAAGCAAGUGUACAAGAAAUUAUUGAAAGGCAGGCUCAGUGGACAGAAGAGACUCAAGAUCAUGAAACUGCUGCGGACAUGUAUAUUGCUGCAGCGCAGCUUGAUAAGGCCUUAGCGAUUCUUGCGGAGCACGGUCCAGCCUCGAAGCUCAUUGAAGUGGCAAGAAGGCUGAAAAAGACUGACACCAAGGAGUUGAAGCUAUGUGCAUCUUUGAUGAGGAAGGGUGGACAAACUGCUCAUGCCCUUGAAACGUAUAUCAAACUUGGUGAUUUUAGGUCAAUCCUAUCUCUUCAUGUAGAGUUGGAGCAGUGGGACGAUGCCUUCGCCAUGGAGACCCUUCAUCCCGAGUUGCAGGGAAUGGUUUCUUUACCUUAUGCAGAGUGGUUGGUACAGAAUGAUCGUUUUGAAGAGGCUCGUGUAUCAUAUAGACAGGCAGAACGGCCUGACUUGUCCGAAGCACUCCUUAAGAAGCUGAUAGAAAACGCGGUGAAGGAGAGAAGGUUUAAGGCAGCUGCUCAUACCUGUUGGAGUCUAGCUGUUGAAAUCAUGGAAGGCGUUGUGAAGGGAGCAAGGGAUGAUCCAAGAGGGGGGCAAGGAAAGAGGAUUCUCGAUUCUUACGUGUUCAUUGAGCGUGCUGAAAUAUAUUACGCUUACUCCUUCAUACAUCAGUUCAGAUCUGAUCCCUUUCGCACCUCUACUCCGGAAAGUCUUUUCCACAUUGCGAGGUUCCUUGUUGCCAGGAUCAGGACACAACCGCCAGACGGUGUAUCCCUUGUAAACAUACUUAUGACUCUUGCCAAGCAAGCAGAAGAGCUGGGAUGUUACAAAGUCGCCCGGCACGCGUAUGGACUGCUCCAAGGGUAUCGCAUCCCGACCACCUGGGUGAAAAAGGUCGAAAUUGCCACCAUGAGAGCACGUGGACGUGCAGGAAGCCAGCAUGACGGACACCUCAGUAUGGACAAUCCUUUCUGUUACUGCUGUUCGUCUCCAUUUCCCUUGACAUCUUCGGCGAGCGAGGACGCUUGCAAUAUUUGUUCCCAGCCUGUAUUCCGAUCAUUUCUCACGUUUGAACAACUUCCGGUGGUGGAAUUCGUCCUAGAGGACGGCAUAUCCCACGAGGAAGCUUUACAACUGCUAGCCGCAAAGCAGACAACUAGGCACACAAGUUUUGAUGGCUUCGAAGGACAACCUACAUUCGUCCCUGGAGCAACAAAGAAGACAGUUUUUGGUGAUAUGGCCGAAAUGGCUACCUUGCUGGGACAGGGAUUGAUGCGGAUCAGCAAAGCUACUCUGAGCAAAAUACCCAAGUCUCAGGUUAUCGUUCAGAAGUUUAAUCUUGGCCUUCCCCAACCAAGGUACUUUCUCGUUGUAGACAGCGAGUAUAACGUUACCCAGUGUCCGUCUUGCAGCCAUUUUUUUGAAGAAGAGGAAUGGGACCUCUUCCAUCUCCAAGAGGAGGUUUGUCCAUUUUGUCAAGGGUCCCCUGCAGCUCCAUGUGCUGCCGAGCUGGCCGGAGCCAUCUAUUCCAACGAAUCCACAUUGAGCAGAACAGUCCAUUCGCAUGACAGCGCAUCAAAUGAUACGACAAGGUCAAAGACUGAUCCUCAAGACGAAGGAUGGAAUACACCCAGUACAUGUACCAGUGUGAGGGCCCAAUCUGGCUCUUGCAUGCCUGCUGCUGGGAACGGGAACUCUGUACCAUCAAAAAAUUGUGACGCAAUUGGAAAGAGAUUGGCGAAUAAAAAAUCUCAGCUGAAGUCCACGAAUGGAGACUUGAGUGGAGGGCCUCCGAAGCAAACUGAUGAUGCAAGCACCCUCCACACACGCCUGACCAAAACGACUGUUGCGAAAAGCAGUAAUCACCACAGUCCAGGUGUGCAUGAGGUGCAAGAGGAAGAGCAAUUACUCCGGCGUCUUGGUAAACACUAAGGCCGCCGGGCGACAUCGGCAUUGGAUGAGCCAAAACAGCUGAAAUGAAAGGUUGAAUGUAUAUUGCCAACACACAAUGGACUCAUGGACAAGUGCAUGAGUUCAGACACCGGUGUAACAAGUGAAGUAGAAAGCUGAAACAAUAUCACAAAAAAGCACCAUCGGAUCAUCAGACUGUCACGUCCCCGUCAGUAUACAUCAAUGUGGCGUUACUUAUAUUCGAGUAGCCCAGACGGACGGACUGAGCCAUUUUGAUAGACUAAGCUAGACGAGGAAUGCUCCUUGCUCACAAAGAGAAACCCAUCAGUUGUAGAUUCAGUCAUCGACACUGUAAUGAGUACAGACCUUCAAAAAUUGGUACGGGACUUACAGGACACUAUCUUCUAAUAAAGUCAUGUUCCUGCGU